AUGGCAACUAUUUUUUCAUUUCCUAUUCGACAACAACAACAACUUUCAUCGACCAUGCGCAUUGGAGCAGACGCGUUGUAUGCUCAUUUUUGGUUGAGACCAAGUAUUAAUCGUAUCUUUCAUUGGUCGAACAAGUUACGAAAAAUGUACUCAUUUAUUUUGUUUGUAUGCAUUACCUCGGUCUUUUGGUUACCAAUAAUGAAUGCAGAUCCAAGAGAUAUAACUGAAUUUAUAUUGGCUGGCAAUAACAAUUCUUUGACAGAGUCUCAGUUAAGAAACUGGGCUUUUGCCAAACGUUGUACAUUUUCAUCAUCAGUUAGUAUUUACAAUAUGAAAAGUUACGGAUACAUGCAAUUCGUAGUGUUACUACUCUGUGUGUGCUCCAACGUAUUUCUUUUGGGGUCACAAUGGUUAUAUGAAGCUAUUUAUCAUGAUCAACUUAUAAAAUCUCGCCAAUGGUGCUCCUGGUGUCGCAAUAUACUCAUAUGUCUUGUUAGUGCAUCGAUAUGCAAUCAAUUGGCCAGUGUAUUGGGAUGCCGACCAAUUGAAAUUCUCUAUGAUAUUCGACCUAUGUUAAUGUUUAUCGUGCAAAUCAUUAGCUUUUCUGUUUGUCUUCUGUUUGCUUUUUUUCUCGGUGUUAAAUACUCAUUAGUCACCCGUAAAAAUUAA